AUGGCACAGUCAGCACAAGAGAAGGACAAGGAGAAGGAGCAGACCCUUGAGGAAGAAAAACAACUAGAAGAAAAGAGGCUGCUGGAGAUACAGUGGCAGGAAUUGCAUAAGGGAUGGUUACUGCGGGAGGAGAAGGCACAAGAAGAAUUCAGAUUAAAGAAGGAAAGGGAAGAGGCCAUUAGAAAACAGCAGGAAGAACAGGAGAGAAAACUAAAAGAAGAAUGGGAGGAGCAGUGGAGGAAAGUGAGAGCUGAGGAAGAGCAGAAGCAGCAGAGGAAGCGAGAAAGAGAGGAAGCUGUUCAUAAGAUGCUCGAACAAGCUGAAAACCAGUUGGAAAAUUGUACCAUGUGGCAAAACCCAGAACCACCCCCAGGCACAACAGUAAUGGAGGAAGAUCGAGCUAAUUGUCCAUUCUACAAUAAAACAGGAGCUUGCAGAUUUGGAGACAGGUGUUCUCGGAAACACACUCUACCCAUCUCAAGCCCCACCCUUCUCAUUAAAAGCAUGUUCAUGACAUUCGGCAUGGAGCAAUGCAGAAGGGAUGAUUACGACACAGAUGCCAACUUGGAGUACAGUGAAGAGGAAACCUACCAGCAGUUCCUAGAGUUCUAUAAUGAUGUCCUCCCCGAGUUCAAGAAUGUGGGCAAAGUGAUCCAGUUCAAGGUCAGCUGCAACUUGGUACCUCAUCUGAGGGGCAAUGUAUAUGUUCAGUAUCAAUCUGAAGAGGAGUGCCAAGCAGCCCUUUCUCUGUUUAAUGGACGAUGGUAUGCAGGCCGCCGGCUUCACUGUGAAUUCUGCCCUGUGACCCAAUGGAGAAUGGCCAUUUGCGGGUUGUUCGAAACCCAACAGUGUUCAAGAGGGAAACACUGCAACUUCCUUCAUGUGUUCCGAAAUCCCAACAACGAAUUCUGGGAAGCAAACCGAGACAUUCACUUGUCUCUGGACCGGACUGGCCCUUUGGGAAAGAACCUAGACAGGAGAGACAGGAUGGGCCACCAUGAUGAGUACCGCAGCCGGUCCAGGAAGAGGAGACCAAAUUCUCUCCAUGCUUACAAAACAUACGGGGAGGCUGAGAAGAAGGGGUGGAGCAGUCACCGGGAAAGAUCUCAGAAAUCCUCCCAAAGCCAUGAGAGGCACAGUUCGCAGUAUGGGAAGAGCGAGAGAGCCCAUAGCCACAGGGAACCCAGCCGCAAUCAGAGGCCCAGUCAAAGCCGUAGCCAUAGUUGGAGCCGCAGCCGCAGCCACAGCCAGAGGCAGAAACAGAGCGGGAGCCACAGCCGCAGUUUCUCGCGGCCCAGGAGUCGUGGUAGGAGAAAGUCAAGGAGUAGAGACAGGACUGUUCACAAUCCCAAAUCCUAA